UACUCUCGCGACGCCUGACCUGCCACACCAAUACCCUGACGCGGAGAUUCCCUUUUCUCUCUCUCUCUCUCUGUCUGCUGCACGCACAUCCCUGUUUGUUUCCCAGGAAAAUUUAUUGAAGCCAGGAAAACAACAUUGAAAUUUUCCGCGAAAAAAAAAUGGUUUCCCCGGAAAACACGAAUUGGCUCUACGAUUUCACCAUGAUCGACGAUAUGCCUGUUCACGAUCCCAAUUUCGCUGUCUCUGCUUCCGGCUUCACUUGGCCCGUUCAGGGCAUGAACGUGUCCACUAAUGUCAGUGUGGAUUCUAUUGUUGAUGCCUCACUUGGGGAUUCAGAUGGGCUAAAGGAAAGUGGCUCAAAGAAGAGGGGUAGAUCUGAAUCGGGCAAUGCUGCAUCUAGUUCCAAGGCAUGUAGGGAGAAGUUGCGUAGGGAUAGGCUUAAUGACAAGUUUGUGGAGUUAGGCUCUAUCUUGGAGCCUGGGAGACCUGCCAAAACAGAUAAGGCAGCUAUUUUGAUUGAUGCUGUUCGGUUGGUUACUCAACUACGUGGUGAAGCCCAGAAGUUGAAGGACUCAAAUUCAAGUCUCCAAGAGAAAAUUAAAGAGUUGAAGGCUGAGAAGAAUGAGCUUCGGGAUGAGAAGCAAAGGCUAAAGGCGGAGAGAGAGAGGUUGGAGCAGCAACUUAAGGCCGUGAAUAUGCAACCCAGUUUCUUGCCACCUCCUGCAAUUCCUGCUGCAUUUGCAGCCCAAGGCCAAGCUCCUGGCAAUAAGUUGGUGCCUUUCAUAAGUUACCCUGGAGUUGCAAUGUGGCAAUUCAUGCCACCAGCUGCUGUGGAUACCUCACAGGAUCAUGUGCUCCGCCCUCCAGUUGCUUAAUUCUGCAACCUACUAUGUUUUGGAUCGGCGGUUUGCACCUAACAAAUGUAUUCCUUUUGCCAUUGUUUCGACUGUAUUAGUUUUACUGAAGUCUUUUAAUUGGAUUUAUGGAUGACUGUACUUGCAUUUUCUGUACUGUGAAUGAAUUCUUGCUGGUAUUA